CAUAUCCUUUCUUUAUUAAACAAAAUCAAACUUUUGUAUAAAUAUAACAACAAAUGAAUGAUUAAAAUUAUAGUUCAGAAUGUAUCUAUUUUUAAGUUUUGUACUUUUUAGUUUGAAAUGCUUUUCAAGUAUAGCCCAAGAGUUUACUUACGAUGAGCAAUACAAUUGGAGACAACAGUUCCCAAGUUGUGGCGGUCGAAGACAAUCACCCAUUAAUAUCAAUACCAAUGAAGUCGUAAAAGAUGCAUCACUUGAACUAAAUCUAAUAGAUUAUAACAAACCAUAUGCUAAUUUAAUUGCUAAUAAUAAUGGCCACACUGUUAGAAUAACUAUGGGUUCGACCAGUAAAACACCUGAACUAAGUGGUAGUGUUGUUGGACAUGGAGUGUAUCAUUUGGAAGAAUUGCAUUUCCAUUGGGGAGACGAUAACUUCGAAGGAACUGAACACUCAAUUGAUAACUACUUUGGAUCGGCAGAGUUACACUUUGUUCACUACAAUGCAAAAUACGGCAAUUUAUUAAAUGCUCGACAAAAUAGCGAUGGGAUUGUAGUGUUGACUGUAAUCUCACAGCUUUCGAGGUCUGAAAACAAUGCACUUCAGCCUAUAAUCGGAGCUUUGAGACACAUUUCCAAAUAUAAUACAAGUGCCACAAUUGCCAAUCAAAUUGUUUUCGAUAAAAUCCUACCAUUAAAUAAGCAAUUAUUCUUCACAUAUAAGGGCAGUUUGACAACUCCCCCCUGCAGUGAAUCCGUUCAGUUUAUUAUAUACGCCGAUCCCAUACGAAUGAAUCCCUUUCAGUUAAGUCAAUUCCGCAGAUUAUUCAAGAAAUCAAACUUCAGACGAAUAGUCUCUAACACAAGGGAUGUCCAGAGGAGACACGGAAGGGUUGUCAGCGUGUCUGUCCCUAAAGGCAACAAAGACUCAAAUUUUGAUGACAACGAGAAUAGUCAGAUCAUGAUUAGGAUCUUCAGCCAUUUCUUCUCGUCAUCCUUAACGGGUCCGCCCUCUGAGGUCUCCGUUCUCUUAAUAAUAGCCCCCAAAGAGUCGCCAUCGUCUCCGUCUCCGUGUUGUAUAACACAGUCA